GCGCGAGGGACAACCAUGUGCCCUAGCUCCAACGUUCUCCGCAAUCACGCGGAACUUGGCGCUGCCGCGCUGUCACACUUGGUCACUUUUAAGGACCUUCCCCCGGCGGGCGCCGCCAGGAGUGGGGUAGAGGUGGUGGGAUGCGCAGUCACCGCCCGCUCGCCCAGCGCAGCGCUCCGCACCACGCCGCUGCCGCAUGACUUCCGGCCUGCGCGUGCAGCGCCGCUCUCCCGGAAGCGGAAGUUCGGUGAGGCGGCGGUUGCGGAGGGGCACCGUUGCCGUGAGGGGCGUGCGGCCGUAGCGGAGGGGCCGGGGAGGGCGGGCAAGAGUGAGCCGCCGCCGUUGCCCCUUCCGGCCUUCUCCUCGGUGAAGGUCGCGCCCUCCACCUUCGCCAUGCACCCCGUUUUCCAGAGCAGCCGGCGCGAUUUCACCUUCGGACCGUGGAAGCUGAGCGCCGUCUGCACGCACAUCAUGAAGUCGGCGCAGGCCGAGAGACUGGCUGAAGAAUUACAGAUGCCUUCCCUGCCAGAGAUGAUGUUUGGAGACAAUAUCUUGAGAAUACAGCAUGAACGUGGUUUUGGAAUUGAGUUCAAUGCAACCGAUGCUUUAAAAUGUGUCAAUAAUUGCCAAGGUAUGAUCAAAGUGGCUUGCGCAGAGGAGUGGCAGGAGAGCAGGAGUGAGACUGAGCACACUAAGGAAGUCGUCAAGCCUUAUGAUUGGACUUACACAACUGACUACAAAGGAACAUUGCUGGGAGACACUGCAACACUAAAGGUUGUUCCUACGACAGAGCACAUAAAUACAGAGAAGUUGAAAGCCAGGGAACAAAUCAUGUUUUUUGAAGAAGUACUUCUGUUUGAAGACGAACUUCAUGAUCACGGAGUGUCAAGUUUGAGUGUAAAAAUAAGAGUCAUGCCUUCCAGCUUUUUUGUGCUGUUGAGGUUUUUCUUGCGAGUUGAUGGAGUGCUGAUCAGGAUGAAUGACACGAGGCUUCACCAUGAGUCUGACAAGGCUUAUAUGUUGCGAGAAUAUACAUCGAGAGAAAGCAAAAUAUCGAGUUUAAAGCAUGUGCCACCUUCCCUGUUCACGGAACCUAACGAGAUCUCUCAGUAUCUACCCAUAAAGGAGACAAUAUGUGAAAAACUAGAAUUCCCAGGGACGCUGGAAUCUAAUAAUCCAGAGGCAUCACUGGAAACCACGUGUGUUAAGUCAAAAUAAAUGUGACUUUAUAUGGACUGAAUUAGACUGGAGAUGGUGUGAUCAUGUAGGCAUUACUGAGGGGGGGCAGUUUCACUACUAGUGGAAUAAAGAAUUUGGCUAUUUUUUCUGUAGCCCUGAAAAAAAAACCAGAACUCAUUUCAAGAAGGUUUUGCUAAUGUUUGUUCUAUCUUGUUUUUUUGUUUCUUUUAAACCUGUAUCUGGAGUUAAUGAUAGAGCAGUGGUAAAUUAGUCUUCAAUGGUACUGGACAUGGACUUUCACAGUGGAAGAGUGUGGGUUCUGCUCAUUUCACCAGUGAGGCAGGCCUAUUGACUGGGCCCUCCAACGCAAACGCUUCCAUGAAAGAUUCUGUUAGUCUCGGUAUCUGAAGCAGCAAUAUUAGUCAUAAAAUUGGCAUAAUUUUAUUUCUAUGAGGUAAUCAUCUACAGUAAAAAUUGAUAAACAAAAUUCCUCUGCAUAUGUUUUAAGCUUUCAGUCCUAAGAGAUAGAUUUUUGCUUGGCUUCUACUUCAAGCUGAUAACCCAUCGAGUUACUUCUUGGCUGAGGAAAAAGGACAUCGAUUGUCUUCAAUCCCUCCAAGAUGCUGGUAUUUGCAGUUUGAGAAAGAGGAGCUUAUGUAGCUUCAAAAGGAUGCUAGCAUGUAUUCCAGAUGCAUAUUUUUGGUUUAUUUAAAAUCUCUAAGUUCUGGUAUCGAUAGGAGUGUGAUCACAUGUGCAGUCACUAUUCUAACUUCACAUUUUGUGGAUUAAACUUUAAGUAAUUCUGUUGCUUUUGGAAACUUUAAAUUACAUCAAAGGUUUGGUCUAAGACUGGGGGAGUUAAACGGUCUUGUCCAAGUUUGCUGCUUACACUCAGUGAAGUGCAGGAAGCUGAGGACUGUGGCAAAAAGCAGGCCUUUUGAUUUGACAGGGUCUGAUAAGAAUGUGUACAUUCUGAUGUCCUGGACUGUUUUAAUUAAAAAUGUUCAUAUUCUA